UAUAGAUAGAUCAUAAUUUCCAAUAUGUCAGACGGCAGGGACGAUGAGAAUUUAUUUUUAUUUAUAAUAAGUUAGGGUAAUUAUAGGACAUUGUGAAUAUCAUGUGGAAAUGUAAUAUAAGUCUGUGAUUCCUUUUAUCAUAAAAAUACAACUUUUGGAAGUUAUUGUUCUAAAUUUUCAUCAUCCAUCGCCACGAGAGGAUCUAAGUUGUUAGUUAUUGUUACAAUCUUUAGUGCUGUGCAGUAAAUAUUGGCGGUGAUAUGUUUAAGUGUAUAAAUAGUAAACAAGUGUAUGGGAUUUAGUGUAUUGUAAAUAAAAAAAUAUUGUUUGCACGCGCAUGCGUUUCUGUCAAAAACAGACAAAGGUUUUGUGUGAUUUGAAAAUCAGCUGUAUUGUAAAUGCAAUGACUUAGUGAUACGAAAAGUGUGUGUGCUUAGAAGCAACAAUGUUCAGUGAAAUUGGUUACAUAGUUUUUCUACUUCUCGCUCUGCCAUAUAUUGAAAGCGCAUCCCGUCUUCGCCUGAACGAAUACAUAGAACACUACGAACCCCUGGAGUACGACUCUACGUCAGUCCACGAUCAGCAUUUACGGAGACGAAGGUCUACAGACGCACAGUCAGACCUCCGUCUGGACUUCAGAGCCCACGGGAAAAAGUUCAGGCUACGGCUGCGGCGGGACCUCUCCGCAUUCAGCGAUGAUUUUAAGGUGGAGGAUUCCCGUGGCCAGCUCCAUGAUGUGGACACGUCGCACAUUUAUCAUGGGGAACUCGCAGGUGAUCCCCAGUCCAGUGUGUUUGGUUCGGUGACGGACGGUGUCUUCGAAGGGAAGAUCAUGGCCAAAGAUGGCUCCUUCUACGUAGAGCAUGCGCGCCGGUAUUUCCCGCCGAACAACACGCGCACGCGCGUCCACUCCGUUAUCUACAAGGAGAGUGAUGUCAGCGAUCCCUACGCCCACAGAAGACAUGGGCACGUAGGAGGCUGCGGCAUCACAGACGAGGUGGUGCAGUGGAUGGAGCGAAUUCAAAACUCCGGAGUGGACGACGAGCUAUCGACGACACCCGCGCCCCCGCCCCCCACUGCGCCCCCACAUCACACGCCUAUUUCGUCGCCUCCACAUCCCAACAGUCUGAGAGAUGAUCCCCCUAGAUAUUGGGACUUUCCUCAUCCUCACAACAAAUAUUCGCGGAGCGCGAACACGGGCGAACAUUCGCGGUCGCGGCGAGCGGCCAUCGAGAACAGAGAUCGCAACACGUGCUCGCUCUACAUACAGACAGACCCGCUCAUAUGGAGACACGUUAGAGAGGGAUUUCCAGAGCACCGAGACUUAUCAAAAAAGGCUGAAGUCGACAUGAAGACGAGAGAGGAGAUUCUCUCUCUCAUCUCGCACCACGUGACAGCUGUCAACUACAUAUAUCGCGACACCAAGUUUGAUGGACAAAUGGAGCAUAGAAAUAUUAAAUUUGAAGUCCAGAGAAUUAAGAUCGAUGACGACUCCAUGUGCAACACACACCACUUCGAAACCAACCAGUUCUGUCUUGAAAACAUCGACGUGUCCAACUUCCUCAACCUGCACUCUCUGGGCAACCACGAGGAUUUCUGUCUCGCCUACGUGUUCACCUACAGGGACUUCACUGGCGGCACCCUUGGCCUAGCAUGGGUGGCGAGUGCGAGUGGCGCCUCUGGCGGUAUCUGCGAGAAGUACAAGACGUACACGGAAACCAUCGGCGGCAUGUACCAGAGCACCAAACGUUCUCUAAACACGGGCAUCAUCACGUUUGUGAACUACAACAGCCGAGUGCCGCCCAAAGUUAGUCAGCUGACGUUGGCGCACGAAAUUGGCCAUAAUUUUGGAUCACCGCACGACUAUCCAUCAGAAUGUCGUCCAGGCGGACAACAAGGCAACUUCAUAAUGUUCGCAUCAGCCACAUCGGGCGACAGACCGAACAACAGUCGUUUCUCGUCGUGUUCCGUCGGCAAUAUCUCCGCUGUACUUGAUGCGGUACGCGAUGGUCGCAAGAGGAAUUGUCUGACUGCCAGCGCGGGAGCUUUCUGCGGGAACAAGAUUGUUGAGGAUGGAGAAGAGUGCGAUUGCGGUUACGACGAGAAUGAGUGCAAGGAUCACUGCUGUUAUCCUCGACAAGUCAGCUCGUAUGACAAGGAGAGAAACAUUACUGCCAAAGGGUGCACUAGGAAAGCCAACACUCAAUGCAGCCCGUCGCAGGGCCCAUGCUGCCACGCGCGCACGUGCCAGUUCGUGCUGGCGUUCAGGAACCAGACGUGCCGCGAGGCCACGGAGUGCAGCCACGCCUCCUUCUGCUCCGGCCGCUCUGCCGAGUGCCCCGAGCCCAGGGUCAUGUCCAACCACACCAAGUGUAACAAUGGUACUCAACUGUGCAACAACGGCGAAUGCACCGGCUCCAUCUGCCUCGCGUGGAACAUGAAGGAGUGUUUCCUGUCAUCAACGCCCGUGCAGAAAGGAGACGGCGUCACCGCGGUGGUGGACCGGCGACUGCUGUGCCAGCUGGCGUGCCAGACCGGGCCGGAACCGGACUCGUGCCAGAGCACGGCGGAGUUCGCCGAUAAAGUUGGCUUGCCCAAGGGCGGGAUUAGCUUGCGGCCCGGAUCGCCUUGUGACAACUUUCAGGGUUACUGCGACGUAUUCCUGAAAUGCCGCGCCGUGGACGCGGAGGGCCCGCUGGCGCGGCUCAAGAAUCUGCUCCUGAACCGCGCCACGCUGCAGAGCGUGCAGGCGUGGGUCACGGACCAGUGGUGGGCCGUGCUGCUGGGCGGCGUGGCGCUCGUGGUCUGCAUGGGGGCCUUCGUCAAGUGCUGCGCUGUUCACACCCCUUCCUCUAAUCCCAAGAGACCCCCUGCCCGCCGGCUGUCGGAGACGCUGCGACGGCCGAUGAACACGCUGCGGCGCAUGCGACAGCCGGGCCGCGCGCCUCGCGCCGCCGCGCGCCGCGCCCGCCCCAAGGGCUACGCCGCGCCCGUCGCCUACACCGCCCGCGCCGCCAGGGACAUGGCAUCAGCGCCGGCGGGCCCGAGCGGGCGCCGCACGGAGCCCUACGCCAACGAGUACCCGCCACACUCGUUCGAGCUGCGGCCCGCGCAGAAGGUCUGACAGUACGAGUGCGCGGGCGCAGUCGCGGGCGCCCCUCACCUCGAGCUGGUGGCUCUAGCGCCGGCGCCGGGCGCCCCCCUGCUGCUGGGCUACGUCUGCCGCUCCGACGCCAGGGUCACUGUGGCCAGCCAGACCACCAUCACUCUACACUCGCCUGAAGCUUUGACAGUCACACAUCCGAAUCGACAAGAAAUAUAAUUAUCGAUGUUAACUUCGACGGUCAAAUGGAAAUCUAUACUUAGCAUCCUAAGAUGAUGAUUUGUGAUGAUUUAGAGGUGUGGCCUAGUGAUUAUAAUGACUAGAUUUUGAGGUUAGUGUGUCUAUUGACUAGUUACAAGAGUUCAUGAAAUUUGUAUACAUACAACAUUUACAUUUUUCAAUAAAAAGUUACUGAAAAUAAUUGAGACUAUAUACAAAAAAUCUUUUCCAUAAAACAGAUUCAACGUAUGGCACGUUUUGAGGGAAAUAUUAAAUUUGGAAACAAUGAGUAACAUGCAUUAACUCAUAGGCUGCAAUUUCUAAGUUGAUUACAAAUCCUCUUACAUCAGUACCAUUGAGAUUUCCGUCUUAUUUGACCUUCAAAGUUGCAGGCAGAGUGAACAUCCAUUACGCGUGUCUAAUCUGUAAAUUGUUUAAAUAAAAACACGCAAUGGACAUAUACCAAGUCACGAAUAGUCGGUCUGGACUUCAGAGUAAUGACAUACAUAUAGAGGCGCUUUAUGAACAAUAUGAUAAACAUAAUUCAUAUCGACACUACUCGUAAACAUUUAGCCAUCGCAUUUUAACUGAUCGACAACAUAUUUGACAGCAAAAAGAGGCAUUAAUAGGACAUAACAUUAACAGGACCAUUUUUGGCAACAUUUUGACCUAACGUCAAAUCUAACUGCGAUCGUUUUGCGUUCUCAGUAUUUUGAUGAUAACAGACUUCGUAAGUUGUCAAUCGCCUCGUUUAUUUUACGAAUAAUGGCUUUAAUAUAUUGUAUCAGGUGUAAAGGUCACGUCCAAAUGCAUCGUUGUUUUUUAUGAUAUAAUAGUAAAAAAUCGACCUAAUUUGUUAUUACAUACUUACAGUAACAUAAGACAGAACAAAAUGGAAGGAACUUACAUACUGUGCCGACCCCACAUGAGUGGGAUAAGGUCAAGAAGAAGAAGCAGAAGAUAGUUACAAUAACAUUAUUUUGGUCGGUCCACAGAUGAAAUAUAUACAUAUAAUUUGCAGCCAAAGUUCUCAGAAGUACAAUUCAGUACUCUAGAGGUCCGGACGACUACUGCUGACUAGCAAGCCGCCACGCACAGUGCCCCCUUUUUUAACGAAUUUGACGGUUUUUUGUUUGUGACUCGUGAGAGAAUAAGAAAUUAUUUGCUCAAAACGAAUAUCGGUAUACUGAACUGGGCUCAAAUCUACUUUCGGCAAAACGUGGUGUUCUCUAAAAUAAGCUUUUAUUUUUAUACGCGAAAUUAUUACGAAAACGGCGCGUUCACACAAACCGGUGACUUUUAUAUUCGUUAGGUAAUUCCCCACGCCGGACAUUUAUGUAUAUUUUUGUAUAUAAAUGAAGAGGUUAUACGAAGGCUAUGAUGAUGUAUAAAUAUCAUACAGACAUACUAAACUUUCGUACCGAUAAUACAAUAUUGUAACUGUAUAAAUAUUGCAUUCUUUUACUUGGAAUCUCUGUAAGUUAAUGGUUUUAUAUAAAAAAGUUAUUUUAACAUAUUUAAUGUAACGUAAGUGGAAAGUCGAGGUGCCAUUAUACCAGUCUGUAUUCCUAUUCCUUCGUCACCUUCCCAAACCGCGGUGUCAAUGACCUCCACGAUUGUUUAUUCAAUUUAAUUAUGGGCUCAAAAAGACUCUUUCAAAAUUGCAUUUAGUCUUCCUAUGGCCACUAAUGUACUUUUGGAUUCAUUAAAUUUAUUUACUAUAUAAUUUUAAGUAGAAUGUAUAAAUAUGAAAUUAACAGUAUUGCCAAAUGAUCAAAUAUUAUUAGACUGAAUAAUCAUUCAAUCUCGCUAUGGUAUUAAACAUUAUGAAUGCAUUUUUUAAUUUUGUAGCUGUGUGUAUGAGUUUGUGCGUAAAAAUGGCUCAAAUUGCAAUUGAUAUGAUACAAUUAUGUUGACCGAGGUUUGAUUAUGAAUGAAUAGACACUAUGUUUCAUUUAUCUCGACGGGACGACGAAUAUGGCACGUCGAUAGGUAAAUAAGUAGUGGUUUGUCCCGUUAAUGUUCAUAAAUAUGUGAAACGCGAGAUUUUUACAAACACGACCGUGGACUUUUUGACGAAACGAAGUUGCAUAUCACAGUACACUCCUUUUAUAUCAAACGAGUAUUUCGUUGGUUCAGUUCAAUUGAUCUCUUUGAUAGGUAAUGAGAUUUUAUUAUCAAUCAUACUAAGUAGUUACUUUCCGUCGUGCAAGCCAAAGAGCAUGAUGUAUUUUUUAUUAUUUCUACACAUUUAAUGUUAAGGUCGGUCUUAUAAGUAUACCAUGUUAAUGCCAUUUUAUUAGUGAAUGUCGAAACAAUAUGCAAGUUCUUCGUAAUUGUACUAUAAGAUUGUAUAUUUGUAUGUAUACCGAGAGCGUCGUAAUGUUUCAGUUAUAGAGUGACUUGACCAAUCGUUUAACUGAUGGACAGCAUAAAUUCCAUCACUAGUAGUACUCAAUGGCAUUAUUUCUCCUAAGUGUAAGCUAGUUUACCGUAAUAGAUUAUUUAAAUGACAAUGUGAAUAUUUUUAAUUAACAAGAUGAAUGUUACAACAUGUGAUUUCAAAAUAAUAAUAAAAAAACAAUAAAUUUUACAUGAAA